AUGGCAUCUUCAUCGCCAUCCUCGACUACCUCGCGACUCUCGACGUUGAUCACGUGGCUUCUCUACUUUGUGCCGGUGUAUAUCUUUGUUCUGGACCCGCUCGCUCGGUCCUGGGCACCGGAGAGUCUGAGAGAACUUGGAUGGAGCGCUGGGCUGGACCCCGAUGCACAUGAUCUUGCGGAAUCGGAUGGCGGAUAUACUCCGUCCACUUUGCAUCUUACGGACGACAGCUUUAUUAGUCCCGAUGAUGGGGUUCCUGCUCAUUGUCCCGGCGAGGCAGAUGGGUACCGAGUCCAUUUGCUGUCGCGGACACCGCUGAUACUGUACAUUGAGAAUUUUGUCAGUGAACAGGAGGCGGAUCAUUUGAUGACCAUGAGUCUGGAUAAAUAUACACCUUCGAUUGUCUACGACGGUGUCACGGAGCGUGUGGAUCCCACCAAGCGACUGUCCGACCGCGCUCUGCUGGAUCGCGACGACACCGUUCGCUGUCUCGAAGAGCGUGCGCGUGCCUUUCAAGGCUGGCGUCCUCAUCUCUACAUUGAGCGAAUGUGGGCGCAACGCUACAAUGCCUCGGGUCACUACCGGCACCAUUACGACUGGACGGGCUCGCUUGCUCGUGGCGGAGACCGUCUCAGCACCUUUAUGGUGUAUCUGGGGGCGGACUGUGAGGGGGGAGGCACGCAUUUCCCUCGCUUGAACCGGCCCGAGGGAGAGAAGUGGUGUCGAUUCUUGGACUGUGAUGAGGCGGUGGGCCUCACGUUCAAGCCGAUCAAGGGCAAUGCCAUUUUUUGGGAGAAUCUGGGACCGGAUGGGAUGGGAUAUUAUGAGACGUGGCAUGCGGCGUACCCGGUCACGUCGGGGACGAAAGUGGGACUGAACAUUUGGAGUUGGUAUCAGCCACCUCGUCCGAAGAAGAGGACGAGAGUGUGA